GGAUAAACUGUCACACUACAGUAUUUUAAUCCUUCUGUUUUUCCAAUAUGCAAGAGGGGACUAUAGUUGCAUUUGUAAUUAUAGUGUUGAAAAGAAGGUCUACAGCCAUGCAUCUGCAUCCAGCAAGGAAAUAGGAUCGAUGUACGAAUUUGACUGCAAGGCGGAGGCAAUGCAGUCACAAGAUCCGCAAUGGUUGGCCAUUGAAUUUGAGCAUCAGUACGGUUAUAUAUUGAAAGACUCAAAUAUCCAGAUACAGACAUGCCAAGGAAACGCACCUGGGGUAGAUAGAGUUACAACUACAACUACAAUUUCAACGACGACUAUGACAUCUAUGACACCAUCAACGAUCACUUUAUCAACAACAAAGGGAACACAAAUGACCAGCACUACCACAGCAACAACUACCACAACAACAUCAAUGUCUUCCAAUGCGACAACAAUAGGUUUAACAACUUCUCAACCAGCGACCACAACAAUGAAAACAACAAAUAAGCAAGCAGCGGCUACCAAUCCCCAAACAACAACAACUAAACAAACAGCAUCGACAACAACAUCAACAAUACCGACAACAUCAACAACACUAACAACUGCAACACCGAAGGUAACGACUGCUACAACGAUAACAAUGAGAACAACAACUCCAUCAAUAUUGUCGACAACAGCAUCAACAAUGCCAUCAACAGCUACAACAACAAGAGCAACAACAACCGCUACGCCAAAGGCAACAACUGCUAUCAAGACCACAAUGAGAACAACAGCGCCAACAACAUCAACUUCAUUUACCACUCAUCAGCCUACAACGCACGCAACACAUCCCCAAUCUGGUUCCCAUGGAAAUUGUCGGAAUUACAUGCACUACGCAGCGAGUGAACACGGAACAAUAUUUAGUGUGGGGGACAAAUGCUACGAGCUUGUCCCAACAUUACGUUCGUGGUUUGAUGCGGAAAACGACUGUAGGCACAAGGGCGGGCACCUUGCACAUAUUGGGGAUAGUAGCCACCAGCAAGCGAUUAACAAUGUGGUCCAGCAGUAUCAUGGCGACCAUGGAGUAUGGAUUGGACUUCACGAUCUACAACAUGAAGAACAUUUCCAAUGGACUUCAGGUGACCCAGUGACCUACACUAACUGGAUGCCUGGCAGGAAGAACCUAUUUUUUCAUGGCGUGGAAGAUUGUGUAGGUCUCGGUGUCCAUCAGUACCAUGGGAGAUGGGAAGAUCUUACAUGUGGACAGAAGAUUGCAUAUAUCUGCGAAUUUGGUGCUGUUAUUCCUACGACCACGUCGACUCAUAUUGUGAACACCCCACCAUCAAACGUCUUAGAAGGAAACAGCAGGCUUUGUCCAUAUACGGUCCAGCAGUAUGCAAGUCACUACAACACUCUCUUGGUACAGCAUGGAAGAAGUUGCUACGAGCUGCUGCAUAAUAAAGUCACGUGGUCUCACGGGGAAAGCCUUUGUGUAAAGGCGGGAGGACACCUUGUCCACAUCAACACCGCACAGGAGCAAGCCUACAUCCAAGCACUUAUGAUGAAAUACAAUCCCAACUAUGCAGUUUGGAUUGGUCUUCACGAUAAAAAUGUCGAAGGGCAAUUCCAAUGGACAGCUGGGGACCCGGUCACGUACACUAACUGGAUAAGUAACCACACUGACAACUUUGUGAGCCAUAACCUUGAGGAUUGCAUUGCCCUAAUCCCAUACAGAGGUGGCGUCUGGGAUGAUAUUCCAUGUGGAAACAGCUAUUAUAACCCCUUCCAAGGUGUACAUGACGGAGGAGAGACGCAUAUAACCCUCUGCGAAUAUGCUGUUGCAACGUCUACUUCGCUCAUUGGGUGAACAAACGACUCCUUCAAGAUUGUGUUGGACGAAAUAAAAUCUUUAAUGGCUGUGCUUGGUUAUUUCUCUCAUUUACUUGAAAAGAUUAACUGACCGCUGAAAACAGCGAAAAAAGUUGGUUAGUAAUUAACAUAUUGGAAUUAAGAACCAGCUCUUAUUAUCAAAACUAUGCGGUUGGUAUGCAAGUGUACAUGCAAUGGGAUAUUUUUAUAUUGUAUAGUUACAAUUUUGUAUGUUAUACAUCCCAUAUUAAUAUGUGUAUGUAAAAAAGAAAGGGAAUUAACAUUUGUGAAAAGUACUUUCACAAAGCAUUGUGCGACACAAGAAUAAAACAAUUCUUCUUUGAGCUUAACAAUAACGUCUGAGCAGGGUGUAAUUGCAAUCAUUUCAUAUGAAAUGAACAAAGCACAUAUUCGAUUUCAUACAGCGUAAAAAUAGUCAAUUAUCAAAUCAUUGAUUCUGUACUUGAACACCGAAGCUUUUUCUUAUACUGCAUCAGUACUGGUGUGAAAAACUACAAAAACAAUCUCAGUAGCCAAAAGUUUAAACAUAAACCACGAUUUAAUGGCACAGAAUAAAAGCCAACAACCUAGAACACAAAAACAAAAAAAUCGCAAACAAGAAACAUGGAACAACAGCACAAAAAUCCACAAACAGCACAGUGCAUAUAUACUAUAUAAAAACCAAGUAGAUAGAUCUAUGUUUAUCAAGGAUUGUUAGGUACCGCCUUAAUUGGAACGGCCAGUAAAAUGUUAAUUAUUUUCCAAUUAUCCAUCACGCAUGUACAUGACCAUGGGACAUGAAAUAUAAAAUUAUAAUCUUUAAAGAACAUGGGAGCUCAUUUUUGAUUACAAGGAGUCAAUCAGACAAAUAAUAGUCCAAAUAAUUGUACGUUGACGGAUUUUUUUUUAGAUUUUUGAUGGCAAAUCCUUCAUGUACAAAUUGUUUAGUAUCAAAAGUGGGUAGUUGUUCCGAUCAGGAUUCCGGGUUAAAGCAUAUAGCGUCUAUAAAAUAACAUAAAAACAAGAAAUAUUACCAGAUAAUGUUAUUUUAUAUUAGUUCUGUACACAAAAAAUAAAUAUCCAACUUAUAAUAAUGAG